UUAUGGGAAUAAUGCCUACCUCACUAGGGUGCUGUGAGAUCAAAGGAGAUCUUGUCAGUGAGAGCCACUGGGGAAAUUUAAGCCCUCCUAGGUAGGAUGUGGAGGAAGAUUGGCACCUUUUGCCCCCAGUCCCUAGAACAGCCGCGCUAGCCCGGCCCGAGAGCCCCAGGCCCUGGGGUCCAGGGCGAGGGCCAGGAGACUAGAACAAAGAGGAAUCCCCGCAGCAGCAGGGAUGGAGGUUAGACCUAGGGAGGAGGCUGAGAAGGAGGCUCAAGGGCGGGAGGCUCCGGGCGGGAAGGAGUUAAGCGGAGGCCGGGCCCCGCCCCCCGCAGGCCGCAGCGCCGGAGCCCAGCCGGAGCCGGAGCCCGAGCCGAAGCCCGAGCCGGAGAAAGGGGACGGCGGCGGCGGCGGCCUCGGAGCCUGCCAUCCCCCGGGGGAGCGAGCCCGCCCUCCCGUCCGGCGCCUGGGGAUUGUCAGGCCGGCCCGAACCCCGGGCCUGAGCCUCGGAGGCGGGCGUAGCGCAGCGGACGGCAGAUCCGGCCCGGUCCCGGGCUGCCAGCUCCGGGGGCGGACCCGGGAUUCCCGGGAUCCCCCAGAUUCCCCAGAUCUCUGGGCCCCAAGUCCCUGCGCCGCCCCGCCUCCCCUGGGCCGGCUCCCCCGCGCCGUCUCCCCCUCCAGCCUCCGGCCUCGCCGAGAGGCCCCUGCCGGGUCUCUAGGGCCCCAGCGAUGUGAACCAGAGGCGCACGGUCCGGCCAUGGCCGGAGAGCGGCCCCCGCUGAGCGGCCCUGGGCCCGGGCCGGGGCCAGGAGAAGGGCCCGGGGAGGCCGGGGGGGAGGGGCCCCCGGCGCCCGGGGGCGGGGGCCGCCCCUCCUCCUACCGAGCGCUCCGCAGCGCGGUGUCCAGCCUGGCCCGAGUGGACGACUUUCACUGCGCGGAGAAGAUCGGGGCCGGCUUCUUCUCCGACGUGUACAAGGUCCGCCACCGACAGUCUGGACAGAUCCUUGUGCUGAAGAUGAACCGGCUUCCCAGUAACCGAGGAAACACACUUCGGGAGGUGCAACUCAUGAACCGACUUCGGCACCCUAACAUCCUGCGGUUCAUGGGGGUCUGCGUGCAUCAAGGGCAGCUUCACGCCCUAACUGAGUAUAUUAAUGGGGGAACCCUGGAGCAGCUCCUCAGCUCCUCAGAGCCUCUGACCUGGCCAGCUAGGCUCGGCCUGGCCCUGGACAUUGCGAGGGGCCUCCGCUAUCUACAUGCUAAGGGGGUUUUCCAUCGGGACCUUACCUCCAAGAACUGCCUGGUACGUCGGGAAGAGGAGGGCCUUACAGCUGUGGUGGGUGACUUUGGACUGGCAGAAAAGAUCCCUGUGUACAGGGAGGGGGCAAGGAAGGAACCAUUGGCUGUGGUUGGCUCCCCAUACUGGAUGGCACCUGAGGUACUUCGGGGAGAACUAUAUGAUGAGAAGGCUGAUGUCUUUGCCUUUGGGAUUGUCCUGUGUGAACUCAUUGCCCGGGUCCCUGCUGACCCUGACUACUUGCCCCGAACUGAGGAUUUUGGCCUGGAUGUUGCUGCUUUCCGUGCCCUGGUUGGAGAGGACUGCCCCCCACCCUUCCUCCUCUUGGCCAUCCACUGCUGUAGUAUGGAGCCCAGCUCCCGAGCCCCCUUCACUGAGAUCACACAGCAUCUGGAGCAUAUCCUGGAGCAGUUACCUGGGCCCCAGAGCCUGGUGAAACCAGUCCGCUCUGCCCCAACCCAGGCGCCUGCCCCAAGAGAUGGUGCACCUCCUGCUCCUCCUCAGCACUUGCCACUGCCCCCUGACCCCCGGCUUGCUCGGAGCCGCUCGGACCUAUUCCUGCCACCGUCCCCGGGGCUGCUGCCCUGUUGGGGGGAUAGCCAGACCAGAGUGAACCCCUUCUCCCAGAGGGAAGACCUCUGGGGUGGCAGAAUCAAGCUCUUGGACACUCCUAGCAGAAGGGCCGUCCCCCUGUUGCCACUGCCCACGGCCACCCCAAGUCCAGUGACCACGCCUGAGCCUCUGGUCCAGCCACCUUAUCCCCGGCCCCUGCCAGGAACCCCCGCCCGGAGAUGCCGCUCCCUCCCCUCCUCCCCAGAGCUGCCUCGAAGGAUGGAGACGGCUCUGCCUGGGCCUGGCCCGCCCCCCGCGGGCCCCUUCUCGGAGGACAGGAUGGACUGUGGGGGCAGCAGCCCCGAAACAGAGCCCCCGGGGCCGAGGCCCGCCCCGCUCCCCGCCGCAGUCAACGACAAUUUUAUCAGCACCUGUUCCUCGGCCUCCCAGCUCUGGUCCUCCCGGGCAGGGCCUUCCCCGGGACUCCUGCUCAACAACAACCCUUCGCCUGUGGUCGUGAGCUCCCCCCCAGGCUGGGGUGGCCAGCCCUGGGGCAGAGCUCAGCGCAGCCUGCCCCAGGCCACAGCCCUGGAGCGGACUGAGCCUGCCCCCCUGCCCCCCACCGUGGCCCCCAGGGACCCUGAGGAGGGGCUGCCCUGCCCUGGCUGUUGCCUUGGCCCCUUCAGCUUCAGUUUCCUGUCUGUGUGCCCCCGGCCGACACCUGCUGUAGCCCGCUACCGCAAUCUGAACUGUGAGGCUGGCAGUCUCCUCUGCCACCGAGGGCACCAUGCCAAGCCACCCACGCCCGGCCUGCAGCUGCCCGGAGCCCGCUCCUAGCGACAGAGAGUGGGGGAGAGCUUGUCCCUUGUGCCCUGAACUUUGGUCUUCCGAAGGCCCCCAGAAUAUCCCCUGAAUAGAGCAGUUAGAGCCUGGGCAGGGCCAGCCCUCAGCGACCCACUCCCCGCCUAGGCCCAAGAAACUGGGGUCUGCUGUUGGGCAGUGGAGGCUGGGACAGAAGCGGGGACCCCGGGACACCCUCCCCAAGCCAGCUUGGACUCAAAGGCUGGAGCUCUCCUCAGCCCACCCCAGGACCCUCGAGGGUCCCACACGGCAUCACGGACACGGACACGUGGUGUGGCUCGCACACAAGACUAACACACAAAUUAUUUAAAAGGAUUUCAAUAAAACUGCCUGGCUGGCUCCGGGCCGCCCGCUCCCAGUGU